AUGAGAACUGUUCGUGUCCUCCAGAUAUAUUCCAAUUGCUCAUGCGUAAAUAGCCCACGACAAACAGCUGAGCCUGGAUAUUGCGACAUUUCCUGCUUUUAUGUUCUCGUUCCAUACACGAUUGGAUUGAUUUUUUUCUCCAUCACGGCCAACAUAUAUCAAGUUUCUAGCACGAAUGUCAUCCUCAAAUGUGUUGGUGAUGAAGACAAACUAUUGGCAUUAAGCGUUCAAAUCAUUAUGAUUUGCAUAGCAGUGUUUCCUUACUCUCUGAUAUUCGGACAGAUGAUAGACUGGAUUUGCAUUUUAUGGAAGACUUCCUCUUGCGGCGAUGAAGUUGGCUCCUGCCUGGCGUACGAUCAUUCCAAGUUCGCCCUGGUCAUGCAUGCUGCCAUGCAUGACCAGGAAAAACAUAAAAAAAAGUCAUAA